GUCGAGUGUGAACGGUGAUACUCGGAAGCAGCGCACUCUUGCCUCCAGGCAGCCAGUGUCUGUCGAGUGUAUAAUGGAGCAAACUAAAAUUUUCUAAAUAUCGUUUGCUGAAAAUUUAAACUAUUUAUAAAACUAUAUUUUCCCUCCCUGUAGAAGCAGCUGGAGACAAGGAUGGAUCCGGCUCUGCUCCGCGAGACGGAGCUCUUUAAAAAGCGAGCUCUUUCCACGCCGGCAGUGGAGAAGCGGCCAGCCUUUUCAGACUCCUCAUCCUCCAAGAAAAAGAAGGCCAAAUACGACCAGGCGGGCUCCUCUGGAUCCAAACAUGGGACAGAUUCCAGCAAUGGAUCAUUUAACCUAAAAGCACUGUCUGGAAGUUCAGGCUAUAAGUUUGGUGUACUUGCAAAGAUAGUAAACUAUAUGAAGACAAGACACCAGCGAGGAGACACCUAUCACUUGACUUUGGAUGAAAUUUUGGAUGAAACUAAAUUGCUGGAUAUUGGUUUGAAACAGAAACAAUGGUUAAUGACUGAGGCUCUGGCCAGCAAUCCCAAGAUUGAGGUCCGGGAUGGGAAGUACGGCUUCAAACCCAAGUACAACCUCAAGGACAAGAAGGCCCUGCUCCGGCUGCUGGACAAGCACGACCAGCUGGGGCUGGGCGGAGUGCUGCUCGAUGAUGUGGAGGAGGGGCUGCCCAAUGCGCAGAAAGCCAUCAAGGCUUUGGGUGACCAGGUUGUUUUUGUGACAAGACCAGAUAAGAAAAAGAUACUUUUCUACAAUGACAAAAACUUUCAGUUUGUGGUGGAUGAAGGCACCAAUCCAGAAGAGAAAGAAGCCUGUUUCUCAGAAGAAGAGGCGUUUCAAGACUCACAACGACCAUCUUGCUGGGGUUUUGGAGGACUAUUCCGAGGGGGUCCCAGCCAAGAAGUGAGGAAGGGCUCCCUUUCAUUGCCAGGGAGCCGGGGCAAAGGCAGCUCAAUCCAGUGGGGGAGAGUAGUGGUGCUUCUGAAUGAUUUUUGUUUUGGCAUCUGCCUGGAAUUACAUCUUAGCCAAAAGGAAAGGGGAUUGGCAUUUAUUAAAUUGUAUAGCUUUGUUUAGAAACACACAAAUGUCAGUCCAGGUAAAUAUGUAUUUUUUUCUUUAAUGCCAGCACACAGUAAGACAUUAAACCUAAUAUGAUUUGCAAGGAUGGUGUAUUGCUAAGGAAAAUUGAUAGCUGAAUGGCAGCCUCUUCUCCUGUUUUUUCGAGCACAUUGUACAUUUUACCUGAACUUCUUUGAAGAAUGUUUGUUAUAAAAGAUAAAACGUAAUAAAAAAAUGAAACCUAUUUUUUAAUAAAUUA